AUGGACUGGAUAUGGCACAAUUGGCUACCUAAGAAGGUAUCUGUUUGUAUGUGGAAGGCACGUUUCAAGUGUCUUGCUGUGGAUGAAAGGGUGAAAUCGAGGGGCAUAGCUUUGGCUUCUCGUUGUGAUUGUUGUGUCUCUCUAGGAAUAGAAACGAUUGAUCAUGUGCUUGGGUCAAGGGAGUUUGCACAGAAGGAAAUUGUUGAGGAUAGUAUGGAGAAAGAAAUGCUCACUCCGCUGGAUUGCCAGGUCCUUCGUGCCAUGAAUGUAUCGAUAAUCAAGCGACCAGUUAGAAGUCCUAGAAUUGUAGUGUGGGAAAAACCUCAUUCAGGGUGGGUUAAAUUGAAUGUGGAUGGUAGUUGCAAGGGGAAUCCGGGUAACUGUGGUGGGGGUGGCAUUAUACGGGAUCACAAGGGUGUUGUGCAGGGGGCUUUCUCUUUGUUGUUUGGUCAUGGCUCUAACAAUGAGGCAGAACUCAAGGCUAUGCUAGAGUGA